AUGCCAGCUUCUAAGAAGCGUAUUCAGAACCGUGGUACACUUAAUGUCGGCACACAACCAGUACCCGCAGCUUUGAAAGACUGGGUGCAUCUUUGGCACGGCGUGAAAGUGAAUAAUGGAUUGGACAAUACGUCCAUCUUUCAUGCAGGUUCACGUAUUGAAGAAAUACCGUUUUGGAAACAAUUUGUCCGAUUACCGUCCAAUUCGCUGUUUCCAAGGGUCGUGACAAGCUUCAAUCCACGAAAACCAUACAAGGAUUUCCUCUAUGUGCUCUUGAAUAUGCGCUGGCCCAUGCUACUGAUGGUGCUAUUGGCGAUCUUCAUGGCCAACAUUUUCGUCUUUGCACUGAUCACGUGCUUUAUCUGUAGUGAACCAUCCCACUUCUUUGAAGCGUUCAACUUGAGUUAUCAAACCUUUACAACAAUUGGAUUCGGGGUGGUAUACCCUACACACACGUGUGGGAAUAUUAUCAUGUCGGUAGAGUCCUUUGCGUCCAUGAUGGUCGUCUCGGCUGUUACGGGUCUUGUGUUUGCCAAAUUUGCCAAACCGCAGGCUAAAGUGGCUUUCAGCAAAGUUUGUGUCGUACAACCUUACGGUAAGAAAUACCUUGCACUCGUCGUGCGAGUCGCAAAUGCUACACAAUCACGAGAUGUAACGCACGACGUUAUCAUGGAGGCUGUAUUCAAAGUCAAUUUGCUACGUGUUGAGCACAAGACGAAGCACAUUCGUGCUCACGACGACGAAGUCACACUGAAACGAAGACGUUCUAGACGACGGGUUGAACGUACAGGCAUGAUACCAGAUGCUGAUGACGCUGUAAACGAUCCUGCUUGUUCAACAAAAGUGUUGACAUCGUAUAACCUCAAAUUGCUGCAAAGUAAUUUUAUCACAUUCCGCAUGGGCAUGGCCGUAGUGCACCUGAUUGAUGAGAGCAGCCCGCUGUACGGAAUGUCAAAAAACAACAUCGCCCAAUCUGAUAUGCUUGUAGAGGUAGCAAUGUGUGGCGUUGACUCGACAUUGCAGGACACAGUGUCCGAGCGAUACAUUUACACAGCAGCAGAUCUGUUGUGGGGCUAUCGUUUUGCAGAAUUGUUAGAGUUCAACGAACGAAAUGCCGAAGUCAUUAUGAACUUUGCAAGACUAAGCACGGUGGAGUCUGCCCCAAUCGAUGAUACUUAUUAUCUUAAGUCGCGUUUCUCGAAGAGAGUGUCUCGUGACAGCCGCGAGACUGAAGACAAUGGACAAACAGCCAAUGUGGCCCGCCGGCAUUUACAUCAGAAGUUCAGAUUGUCCCAUGAUCAAGAGGACAAGCAUCCUUAUCGUUUUGAAGCGAUCCAUGAAGCGUCAUCCGAGUGUUCAGAACAAUCAAUGCUUCGUUCACGAUCAGGAUCGUGGGACGGGCAGUCGUCUGCCUCGGAAGAUGAUAUACCAGCAUUUCCGCACCCCCCUGUUUCGUUCUUGGGACGCCCUGGGCCAAAAAAGUUUCCAAUGGGACUUGAGCCGCUAUUUGAACCAUUGCUACAGCAGCCAUUUGGAACACAGAGAAUGCCGAAUGCCCCAUCAGCCGAAUCACGUGCUGCACGGAGAGGCGGGUUGCGAAUGUGGAGAGAGAGCGAGCUGGAAAAUGAACGAGGCGGACAUAGCGGAAAGCAGUUGCGAUCAAGUGAUGGAUUGAAUGUUUGCGCUCGGGAUGGCAGUAGGGCUAUUCAUAAUAGCGAAGAGGUGCAAGAGUUUUCUGAAGGUCCCAAUGACCUCCAAUCGAAGCAAAUGCUCCAACAGAAAGUGGCAGGGUCUGCAAUGAUCGAGGACGACGCCAGCACAAUUUCACACGAAGAAGGACACAAAGCCGAGUUUUUCGAUGCUUGCGACAUCGACGAUGUUGAUGACAAUAACCUGGACGAUGGUCGGAGCAAUGAUACGACAUGUCAGCACCAGGCUGUCCACAGGGCAAUGUCUACUGUAUCAAUUGAAGUAGAAGACACGCCUCGCUUUUUGCACAUUUUGCCCGUUCACAUCCCCAAGUCAUUCAGCUUUAUGCGGUUUUACCAGAGCGCUCUCCAUGUACGCUGGCCCAAAAUCAUUGCUGUGUUUGUGUUGUCCUUCCUAGUCAUCAACUUUAUCUUUGGGUUGCUGUACUGGUUUGACUUGGGCCACAUUGCAGUUUAUAGUGAUAUAGCGGUCUCAAAGUACGAGCUCACGUUCUACAUGAGCGUCCAUACGCUGGCAACCAUUGGCUAUGGAUCUAUUGCACCGAUGCCUGACUCGGUCUACAUGAACGUCAUCGUGUUCAUCGAGUCCAUGGUGGGAAUAAUUACAGUGACAAUCAUUACCGGCAUUGCUUGGUCAAAGUUUGCUCGACCGCGAGCGCACAUUCACUUCUCGUCACAAAUGACCAUCUCAACCAUCUACGGACACCGGUGCCUUGUUUUUCGUGCUGCGAAUACGCGGCACUCUGGCGAGGUGCAUGACAAUUUUUUUCGCAUUGGUGUAAUCCUUACAAAUCGGCGUACAGGACUACGUCAAAUAUACGACGUGCCGCUUAUUACAGCAGAGUGGCCGUCCAUUAAGCUUCCCGUGACACUUAUCCACGUUAUCAAUCAAAACUCGCCAUUCUACAGGUUUCGCUCGUUGGAAGACCUGUCUCGGUCACGCGUCGCAGUCAUCGCAUUAUUCACAGGCCUUGAUACGACCUUUUCGGAAAAUGUGUACGCACGCAAAAUGUACUUCUGGGAUGACUUUGCGUACAAUAUGCAUUUUGACGAUUUUGCUGUCAUUGAACGGGACUGCGUUAUUGUAGACUACGAGCGCUUCGAUCGACUCAUUCACGAGGACGAGGACGAAGACGAAGACGAGCAGAUUGUCACAACACCUGUGCUCUCUGUGAGAUCUGCAAUUAGUGAUUUAGUGUAA